CGGUUUCCCGCACGUAUGCGUUCUUCUCCUCGUUUCAUGUGCUCGAGCGGCUUGCUUGUCGAUAGCCAGAUCUUAAAGAAUUGAGAUAUAAGUAUAAGGAAGAGAAGAUUGAAGGUGUUUUUAUAAGGAAAUAAUGGCGGCGACAAUAAGGUGUCUUAUGAAGUUUAACGUGGGAUUGGCAAGCAAUACUUUUUUGAGAAAUAGCUUUCUCAAUUCUUGUAGAUCUCUAUAUUCCGACAAGAGUCUGGGUCUAAAUGGUUACGAAAAUGCACGACUUAACUUUCGUAAUCAGUUUUUAAAUGUAGAGAAUACAUUCCGCACCAAAAUGGAGGAGGUAUGCAAUUCAGACUCAAGUAUGAUCUUUACAGAAGAUCUAAAGGCCAUGUUGCACUUAGCUCAAAAGAAACCUGAAGAUAUUGAACUGCUGAUUAAAAUGUUGACAAAGUUCAAUAGUCAGACCAAGGAGAUGAGAUUUGGUACUUUUAUCUUUGGUCCUGUAGUGAUGCGUACUUUGUAUUAUCUGGAUGAACCAGAUCUCGCAUUUACUGCUUUUAAGGAUCCCAAGUUUGAAAAUUUCUUUGAUCAGUUGAUCAGUUAUCAGAUUCUCUUGUCUCUGUUAUAUAAGCAUGGAAAGUAUGCAGAAAUGCGAGAUGUCUAUGACAUAAUUAAAACCAAACCUAUGGAAAAUGGAUAUCCUAGGAAUUCUUUCAUAUUAGUUAUGGCUGCUUGUUAUAAGGAGAAUACACCAGAAACACUGGAAUAUGGCUUGAAAAUCUGGAAAGAAAUACAUGAAAAGGGACAUUUAGUUAUGCGUAGAGCUACUGCAUUUUUAGCAGCUCUAGCCAUUAAGCAGAAUGCAGCUCAUAUAGCCGUAGAGAUCUUAACUUCAAUAAACGAGGGUCGAUACAUUCAAGUGAGAUGUUUAAAAGUUCUGGCCUAUACGAAGUUGAAGAGGUUUACUGAGAUAGUUCCCAUUCUCAGAUCAUCAUUGGAAUAUGAUAGACCAAAUAUUCAAACAGAAGAUUAUUUCAUUGAUGUGAUUGAGGAGCUAGAAGAAACUAUGGCAAAAGAAAAUGUUCCCGAGGACUUUGAACUUUACAAAUUGAUUGCUUUGCUAAAGAAAAAUAAUCACAUAUUAUCUAAAACUUUAGAGGAACAUCUCUGCGCAGAAAUAAUAGUUGAUAGAUCGAAACAAAGAAGAGCUGGCACAUCUGGAUUUCAAUCAAAUUCUUUUCAAUCAAAUUUUCCACAGCGAGAACGAAACUUCGCUAGCAAUAGGCCAGUAUUACGAGACAUUUUGUAAGUGUGUUUAUGAAAAUAUAUCCAUAUGAAAAAUGUAGAACAAUAAAAAAUCGCUGAUCCAAUGCUUCAUCUUGAACUUAAAGUUAAGUCAAUAAAUAAAUGUUUAUGUUGACUACUAAUGGA